CAGCAGUCAUGCGCAGUUUAUGAUUAAAUGCAAUAACAUUGAGUCAUUUCGAAGUUUUGCUGAAAAAUUAGGUGAUAGAUUAUAAAAUUAAAUCGCUUUUUGUUUCGCCAAUAUGCCAUUUUUCAGUAGUUCUUCACCUUUUGAUCAAGAUGUGGAAAAAGCUACGAGUGAAUUGAAUACUGCUGAAGAUUGGAGCCUUAUUAUGAAUAUAUGUGAUAAAGUAGGCACGACAACAAAUGGACCCAAAGAUUGUUUUCGUUCAAUAAUAAAACGUCUAAAUAGUCCAGUGCCUCAAAUUGCAAUGCAGGCAUUAACUCUUUUAGAUGCUUGUAUUCAAAAUUGUGGAAAAGCAUUUCAUCUUGAAGUUUGUUCUAGAGAAUUUGAAACUGAAGUUAGAAAAUUAAUUGUGAAAGCUCAUCCAAAAAUAGUAGAAAAAUUGAAAUUAUUAAUAAAAAAGUGGGCAGAAGAUUUCAAAAGCGAUUCACAGUUGAGUCUUAUUCCUUCCUUAUAUUGCGCUUUGAGGAAUGAAGGUGUUGACUUUAAUGUUGAAGAAACACCUAAAAAGAGUACUGUAACAUUUAGUAAAGAUCCUAAUGUUGUUAGUAGUCAACAGGAAGAAGAUGAUAUUGCUAAAGCUAUUGAACUAUCUUUAAAAGAAACAAGUGCUUCACCUAAAACAAAUUUAUAUCCUACUGCACGUCCAUCUUCUCCUUCUGGUGCAAUAGUUGCUUCUCCUCAAAAAGAGCCUAGGAAAGUUCGAGCUUUAUAUGACUUUGAAGCUGUUGAAGAUAAUGAAUUGACUUUUAAAGCUGGAGAAAUUAUUCUUGUUACUGAUGAUAGUGAUGCAAAUUGGUGGACAGGUUCUAAUCAUAGAGGCGAAGGACUUUUCCCCUCAAAUUUCGUCACUUCUGAUUUAAAUGAAUAUCAAUGUGUGGCUAUGGGACCUCUAAUUGAUCAGGAGUUAGAAAAGGUGGAUCGAAGACAUGCAGCAUUGACAUCAUUAAGUCAGCAAUUAAUGGAAGCAUUAAAUAUGUACCAUGGAUUGAUGAAAGAUAUUACUCCUCCUAUGGUAUAUGGUCACUAUCCACCACCUAAUCCUAGUCAAAAUCCACCUCUUCCUCCACAUUUUAAUGGUCCAUUACCACCCAAUUCUUUUCCACCGCAACCACCAGGAGCAAACUAUCCUUCGUUUCAAUCUGCAAAUACGGUUCAGUAUUUACCAUCUCAAUUGCCAGCAACUGGCAUACCUCAAACAAAUACAGCAAAUCCAACUAGUAAUACUUCUCAUGUAGGAAAUGAAGUACCACCAAUGAAUUUACCUCCUGCAAGUGGUAAUCAGCCUUCACAUCCACCUUUAUUUAACCAUCCAAUGACUACAUUUAACAGCUUGCCACCAGGAUCAACUAACUAUACCAGUACUUAUCAAACUCCUGGACAGAAUAUUAUCCCAUCCAUUAGUACAGGAACUCCAGCUACUGGGCCCUUUCCCAUUCAUGUGACUCCUAAUUUUCCUCAGACUCAAAGUAUUCAACAUCAACCACUUUUGUAAAUUAUUAUUUCAAUAUAAAAAUUGUGUGAAAGAUUUUCUAGAUGCAAGAAUGAAAACAUCAUAAAUUUCAAUCUCUGAAAUUUGUUUUUCUGUUUUCAGUAUUUGCAAAUUGAUUGUCAACAGAUAAAAACAAACUUUUUCUUAAAUUGGUUGAUCAAAAAGAGAGGAAAAUAUAUCUGUUAACAGUGAAUUGCCAUUCAUUUAGUUACGAAAACAUAUAAAAAUAAAUGAUAAAUGCCAUCACAAAAAAUGUUAUGGGUAAUUCCAGUUUUGAUAUAAUUGCAAUGCGGUAUGCCAAAACAAGUAUCGUAUGAAAAUAAAUGUUGAUAAUUGUAUUAUAGUAUGUUAUUUGUAAGAAAUGAUUGUGAG